ACUUACAAGGGGGGUAUGGGGCCAGACUGCUAGACAAGCUAUCAGGAAAGCUCUCUUUGUGAGUGACAGGCACUUCUUGUGACUGUGCAGCCCUAUAAGGGCACAUUAACUUUAGCGCUACGGUGCCACGCUCACCCCCCCUUUCCCGGCCUUUCCUUUACACCUCCCCUUACUAUGGUAUAGUCAACGUAUCUUCUGGAAGCUUCUGAAGGGGAGCUUCGAGAAACCACCCCUGAAGUAUAAAAAGACGGCAGCACGUUGUAGGGUCUGCAUACCGUCAAAAGGAACUCGCUUGAACACUACCAAGAGAGACUUAACUGCCCCCAGGAGCAGCUGCGAAGCACACAUUUGAAGCUAUUCAAGGAGAGAAGAGAAAGAAAGCGAUACAUUUGAAGAUCAUCCUUAGGAAGUGAUACAGACAAAGAAUAUAACCAAGAUGCCAGCAAGCGCAGGGCACAUCAUGGAGGAGGACGUGGAGACCUUUGCCUUCCAGGCUGAAAUUGCACAGCUUAUGUCCCUGAUUAUUAACACUUUCUACUCAAACAAAGAAAUCUUCCUUAGAGAGCUUAUCUCAAAUUCCUCAGAUGCCUUGGAUAAAAUUAGAUACGAAAGCUUGACAGACCCAAGCAGACUUGAAUCCUGCAAAGAGCUGAAGAUUGAAAUCACUCCCGACCUGCACGCUCGGACCCUGACCAUAGUUGACACAGGUAUCGGCAUGACCAAAGCUGAUCUGAUCAACAACCUGGGCACAAUCGCCAAGUCCGGUACCAAGGCCUUUAUGGAGGCUCUGCAAGCUGGAGCCGAUAUCUCCAUGAUCGGACAGUUUGGUGUGGGUUUCUACUCUGCCUACCUGGUGGCUGAGAAGGUGGUGGUGAUCACAAAACACAACGAUGAUGAGCAGUACGUGUGGGAGUCAGCAGCUGGAGGCUCAUUCACUGUCAAACCUGACACUGGAGAAUCCAUUGGCAGAGGCACAAAAGUUAUUCUCCACCUUAAAGAAGAUCAAACAGAAUACUGUGAGGAGAAGCGCAUCAAGGAAGUUGUGAAGAAGCACUCACAGUUCAUCGGCUAUCCUAUAACACUUUUUGUGGAAAAGACAAGAGAGAAGGAAGUAGAUCUUGAUGAGGGAGAAAAGGAAGAGGAAGUUGAGAAAGAAGCUGCUGAGAACAAGGACAAGCCCAAGAUUGAGGAUGUGGGCUCAGAUGAGGAUGAAGACACAAAGGAUGGCAAAAACAAGAGGAAGAAGAAGGUCAAAGAAAAAUACAUUGAUGCUCAGGAACUGAACAAAACCAAACCCAUCUGGACCCGUAACCCAGAUGACAUCACCAAUGAAGAAUAUGGAGAGUUUUACAAGAGUCUCACCAAUGACUGGGAAGACCACCUGGCUGUCAAGCAUUUUUCAGUGGAAGGUCAGCUGGAGUUCCGGGCCUUGCUUUUUGUACCCAGACGAGCGGCAUUUGACCUCUUUGAAAACAAGAAAAAGAGAAACAACAUCAAGCUUUACGUGCGCAGAGUCUUCAUCAUGGAUAACUGUGAGGAGCUGAUUCCAGAAUACCUCAACUUCAUCAAGGGAGUGGUGGACUCUGAGGAUCUGCCCCUGAACAUCUCCAGAGAGAUGCUGCAACAGAGCAAGAUCCUCAAGGUCAUCCGCAAAAACCUGGUCAAGAAGUGCCUGGAUCUCUUCACAGAGUUGUCUGAGGACAAGGACAACUACAAGAAGUACUACGAGCAGUUCUCCAAGAACAUUAAGCUUGGAAUCCAUGAGGACUCGCAGAACAGAAAGAAGCUGUCUGAGAUGCUACGCUACUACACUUCAGCCUCUGGAGACGAGAUGGUGUCCCUGAAGGACUACGUUUCUCGCAUGAAGGACAACCAGAAACACAUCUAUUACAUUACAGGUGAGACCAAAGACCAGGUGGCCAACUCUGCCUUUGUUGAGCGCCUUCGUAAAGCUGGCCUGGAGGUCAUUUAUAUGAUUGAGCCCAUCGAUGAGUACUGUGUGCAGCAGCUGAAGGAGUAUGAUGGCAAGAACCUAGUUUCAGUGACCAAGGAGGGUUUGGAGCUCCCUGAAGAUGAGGAAGAGUUGAAAAAACAGGAGGAACUCAAAAAUAAAUUUGAGAACCUUUGCAAAAUCAUGAAGGACAUCCUCGAUAAGAAGAUUGAAAAGGUUGUGGUGUCCAACCGCCUGGUCUCCUCCCCCUGCUGCAUUGUCACCAGCACCUAUGGAUGGACAGCAAACAUGGAGAGAAUCAUGAAGUCUCAGGCUCUGAGAGACAACUCCACAAUGGGUUACAUGACAGCCAAAAAGCACCUUGAGAUUAAUCCCCUACAUCCAAUCAUUGAGACUCUGCGAGAGAAGGCAGAAGCUGACAAGAACGAUAAGGCAGUGAAGGACCUGGUCAUCCUUUUGUUUGAGACUGCCUUGCUGUCCUCAGGAUUUACACUUGAGGACCCACAAACACAUGCCAACCGCAUCUACAGGAUGAUCAAACUGGGUCUUGGAAUUGAUGAUGACGAUUCUACAGUUGAGGACCUCAUUCAGCCAGCUGAUGAGGAUAUGCCAGUCCUGGAGGGAGAUGAUGACACAUCAAGAAUGGAGGAAAUGCCUGAGCUGCACGACCAAACAAUGGAGGAAGAGGCAGAGACCUUUGCAUUCCAGGCUGAGAUUGCUCAGCUUAUGUCCCUGAUCAUCAACACUUUCUAUUCCAACAAAGAGAUUUUCCUUAGGGAGCUCAUCUCCAACUCCUCAGAUGCCCUGGACAAGAUCCGCUAUGAGAGUCUCACUGACCCCUCAAAGCUUGACUCUGGCAAGGAACUCAAAAUUGAAAUCAGGCCCAACAAAGAAGAACGCACCCUAACCCUGAUCGACACAGGUAUCGGCAUGACCAAAGCUGAUCUGAUCAACAACCUGGGCACAAUCGCCAAGUCCGGUACCAAGGCCUUUAUGGAGGCUCUGCAAGCUGGAGCCGAUAUUUCCAUGAUUGGACAGUUUGGCGUGGGUUUCUACUCUGCUUACCUGGUGGCUGAGAAGGUGACAGUGAUCACUAAACACAACGAUGAUGAGCAAUAUGCCUGGGAGUCCUCUGCAGGAGGCUCGUUUACAGUCAAAAUCGAUAACUCUGAACCACUGGGACGUGGCACCGUGGUGAUCCUUCACUUAAAAGAUGACCAGACAGAAUACCUUGAGGAGAAAAGAAUCAAAGAGAUUGUGAAGAAGCACUCCCAGUUCAUUGGCUACCCCAUCACGCUCUUUGUGGAGAAGGAACGUGACAAGGAGGUGAGUGAUGACGAGGCAGAGGAGGAGGUAGAGAAGGAAAAGGACAAAGAGGAGGAUGAAGAGAAGGAUGAGGACAAACCUGAGAUAGAGGAUGUUGGAUCUGAUGAGGAGCACGACCACGACAAGUGUUCAGACAAAAAGAAGAAAAAGAAGAAGAUUAAGGAGAAGUACAUCGAUGAGGAGGAGCUGAAUAAGACCAAACCUCUGUGGACCCGCAAUCCUGAUGACAUCACAAAUGAGGAGUAUGGCGAGUUUUACAAGAGUCUCACCAACGACUGGGAGGACCACCUGGCUGUCAAGCACUUUUCAGUGGAAGGUCAGUUGGAAUUCCGUGCCCUGCUCUUUGUGCCCCGCCGAGCUCCCUUCGACCUCUUUGAAAACAAAAAGAAGAAGAACAACAUCAAGCUUUACGUGCGCAGGGUAUUCAUCAUGGACAAUUGUGAUGAGCUCAUUCCAGAGUAUCUCAAUUUCAUUAGGGGAGUGGUGGACUCUGAGGAUCUGCCCCUGAACAUCUCCAGAGAGAUGCUGCAGCAGAGCAAAAUCCUCAAGGUCAUCCGCAAAAACCUGGUCAAGAAGUGCCUGGAGCUGUUCACAGAGCUGUGUGAGGACAAGGACAACUACAAGAAGUACUACGAGCAGUUCUCCAAGAACAUUAAGCUUGGGAUCCACGAGGACUCCCAGAACAGAAAGAAGCUGUCCGAGCUGCUGCGCUACUACACUUCAGCCUCUGGAGACGAGAUGGUGUCCCUGAAGGACUACGUCACGCGGAUGAGAGACAACCAGAAACACAUCUAUUACAUCACAGGUGAGACCAAAGACCAGGUGGCCAACUCUGCCUUUGUUGAGCGCCUUCGUAAAGCUGGCCUGGAGGUCAUUUAUAUGAUUGAGCCCAUCGAUGAGUACUGUGUGCAGCAGCUGAAGGAGUUUGAGGGAAAAAACCUAGUUUCAGUGACAAAAGAAGGGUUGGAGCUGCCUGAGGAUGAGGAAGAGAAGAAGAAGCAGGAGGAAAAGAAGGCUCAGUUUGAGAACCUCUGCAAGAUCAUGAAAGAUAUCCUGGAGAAGAAGGUUGAAAAGGUCACUGUCUCCAACCGCCUGGUCUCCUCCCCCUGCUGCAUUGUCACCAGCACCUACGGCUGGACAGCAAACAUGGAGAGGAUCAUGAAGGCCCAGGCACUGAGGGAUAACUCCACCAUGGGAUACAUGGCUGCCAAGAAACAUCUAGAGAUCAAUCCUGACCAUCCCAUCAUGGAGACUCUGAGGCAGAAAGCAGAGGCUGACAAGAAUGACAAGUCAGUGAAGGACCUGGUCAUCCUUUUGUUUGAGACUGCCCUGCUGUCCUCAGGAUUUACUCUGGAGGACCCACAAACACAUGCCAACCGCAUCUACAGGAUGAUCAAACUGGGUCUCGGAAUUGAUGAAGAUGACAUGACGACAGAUGACACCACAGCUGCUCCCACGGAGGACAUGCCUCCUCUAGAAGGGGACGAUGAUGACACCUCCAGGAUGGAGGAAGUGGACUAAGCCUGCUCCCAUUCACCUGUUAAUGUUCAGAAGUUUAUUGUACAGUUCAAAGUUAAAUGUUGGGAAUGAGCUUGGAAUGUUUCUCCUAAAAUAUACUUUUUGACCAAGUUUUGUUAAUUGACAACACCAUUCCUUUGUAGAGCUAAUUAUUUUUUUCUUUUUGAGUUGCCCCACUUCUCUUUUGUAUUUAUUGAUGUUCCAAAAUGUCUGUUCUGUAACUGUAAAUAUCAAAGUUGAUUCUGUCAUUUUGAACAGAGACACAGAAAUAAAUGGUUAAACAA